AUUCUGUUUGUCUGCAGGAUGACCUCCAACAUGUCAACACAGGCGCCGACGUUCACGCAGCCGCUGCAGAGCGUCGUGGCACUAGAGGGUAGUGCCACGACGUUCGAGGCUCAAGUUAGUGGUUCUCCGGUUCCUGAGGUGAGCUGGUUUCGUGAUGGUCAGGUUCUUUCCGCUGUGGCUUUGCCCGGCAUUCAGAUCUCGUUCAGCGACGGCCGCGCUAUUCUGAGGAUCCCCGCCGUGACCGCCGCACACAGUGGAAGGUUUUCUGUCAGAGCCACCAAUGGAGCUGGACAAGCCACGAGCACCGCUGAACUCCUCGUUACAGCUGAGACGGCGCCCCCUAACUUCCUCCAGAGGCUGCAGAGCUCAACGGUGCGACAAGGCAGCCGGGUGAAGCUGGACUUUCGAGUCUCCGGCAUCCCGCCGCCCACCGUGAAGUUCUACCGAGAGGGAGCCGAGAUCCAGAGCUCGGCCGACUUCAGGAUUGUCCAGGAGGGAGAGCUGUACAGUCUGCUGAUCGCCGAGGCUUUCCCCGAGGAUUCUGGGACAUAUUCUGUGACCGCCUCCAACAGCAGUGGACGAGCCACCUCCACUUGUGAGCUGAUGGUUCAGGGUGAAGAGGCCGUCCCAGCAAAGAAAACGAAGACUGUGAUUUCAACCUCUCAGAUUUCACAGACCCGUCAGACCAGAGUGGAAAAGAGGAUGGAGGCCAGUCUCCAGGCCACCGCCAUGAUGGAGAUGCAGGUGGAGGGAGCCGAGCUGACUCAGCUGCUGGCUCACAAGACUCCACCCAGAGUUCCUCCCAAACCCAUGUCCAAGUCCCCGACUCAGUCCUUGUUGGUCGCCAAGGUGACCGGAGGACGCCAUCAGUCGCCAUCACCCGUCAGACACGUGAAGGCACCAACGCCGACACCCGGCAGGCCGGUCAAAUCCCCCAUCACCGCCCGCAAGCUGGCGGCUGCCGCUGGCGACGUCCUGCCACCCUGGAAGCAGGGAGACUUUGUGGCCGAGGCCAGCUACACCAGCAUGACCAGCAUGACCAGUAGGACCAGCAGCACCGUCACCCAGCUGGGCCAGGAGCAGCACUGGGAGCAGCAGGUCACCGGGGUCAAAGAGGCUGAGGGAGGGGAAAGAGCCGAGGCAGUGGCCAAAGUGUUGGCUGCCGUCGACCUGGCUCGCGUCCGUCAGCCGUUGCAUGUGGAGGGCGGUGGAGCUGAAGAGGAGGAGGCUGUAGAAGCAGAGUUAAGCCAGCAGGCUGCCGCUGUCGAUCAACAGUAUCGAGCCGGCUGGACAACAACCAGAGCGCAGGCUGGUCAAACGCUUACUACUCCUCAGGGGUUCACACCUGAACCCACUCGGCCUCAGAUUCAGAGAGCGACAGAAGACUCUGAUCUCGCCUCGUCUCCAGUUCCACAUUUCACAGUUUCUAAAGUUUCUGUCCCAAAACAUGAGGCUAGCUCUGAGGUUUCCAUCGCCGGCUCGGCGAUCGCCGCUCUGCAGAAAGAGUUCUCUUCAUCCUCGGCUAGAAAGAUCAUCAAGACCGUCAAGUCUCCCAGUCCGUCUCGUACAACGGUCGAGACCCGAGAGACUCUGGAGGCCGUCCCUCCACCGUUCAAAGACCAAUACCAGAGUCAUUUAGUCUCUGAGUUACAGACGGGGGUGGUGUUUGAGGACUGGGGAGCCCAGGUGAUGGAGGCAGCAGCCGUACCUUCUGCAGGAGGCGCUGUGAUCCCGGCCACUCUGGUGUCGGGCUUGAAGAACACAAACGUGACGGAGGGCGAGUCGGUGACCCUGGAGUGCCAGAUCAGUGGUCACCCGACUCCCGUCAUCAUGUGGUUCAGAGAGGACUACAAGAUCGAGACCUCCAUCGACUUCCAGAUCAGCUAUGUGAGCGGCUUCGCCCGGCUGGUGAUCCGCGAGGCAUUCGCCGAAGACAGCGGACGCUUUACCUGCACCGCCACAAACGAGGCGGGAACCGUCAGCACCUCCUGCUACCUGCUCAUCCAGGUGUCCGAGGACAUCGAGAGCAGAGAGGAGAUCGCUGUCGUCACCGAACAUGUUGAAACUGCUGAGAAGCUAGUAACCGAAGAAGCCAGAGAGGAGACCACGUCUCAGGUGAGCGUGGCCGAGUCCGACACUGCGGCCACCGCUCCCUUCUUCAUCAAGUUACCAACCGUCCAGAAGCUGGUGGAAGGAGGAAGUGUUUUGUUUGAAUGUCAAGUCAGGGGAAGCCCCAAACCUCACAUCAUCUGGAAGAAAAGCGGGAUACCGCUCACUACCGGAUACAGAUACAAAGUCGCCUACAAGAAGGAGACUGGAGAAUGCAAGUUGGAGAUCUCCAUGACCUUUGCCGAUGACGCCGGAGAAUACUCCGUCUUUGUCAAGAACCAGCUCGGAGAAGUCUCAGCCUCCGCCAGUCUGCUGGACGAAGAUGAAUACGAAGUCUACAUGAAGAAACAGGCAGCCAGCUUUAAGACUGAAAUGACAGCCAUGGUGCAGGAGCCCAAAGUGGGAGACGUUCCUCCCGUUGUCAUUACGACCAUGGAGCAGAUGACCACCACCAUUAUCUCUGGACAGGAAUUCCAUCUUUCUGUCAUUGAGCAGAGGAUCAUGCAUGAGAUUGAACUCUGCAUUAUGAAGAUUACCUACAGAGAGAUAGUGACAGAGGACGGAGAGUUGAUGGUGACUGCUGACCCCACUGAGGCCGUACAGCCUGCCUUCGACACUCCUGUCAAAAACUACAGAAUCAUGGACGGGAUGGGCGUCACUUUCCACUGCAAGAUGGCUGGAAUACCGCUCCCCAAGAUUGCUUGGUACAAAGACGGCCAGCGCAUCAGGCCCGGCGACCGUUACCAGAUGGAGGUUCUUCAGGACGGACGAGCCAGCCUCCGUCUGCCCGUGGUGCUACCGGAGGAUGAGGGCGUGUACACCGCCUUCGCCUCCAACAUGAAGGGAAAUGCCGUCAGCUCUGGGAAGCUCUACGUGGAGCCAUCCGGAGCUGUGACCCCUCAGAGAUACACGCCACAGCCAGCGAUGCAGAGGAUCAGAUCCACUUCUCCUCGUUCUCUGAGCCGCUCACCCGGACGUUCUUCCAGUCGUUCUCCCGGACGUUCUCCGGCCCGCCGACUCGACGAGACGGACGAGGCUCAGCUGGAAAGACUGUACAAGCCUGUGUUUGUCCUGAAACCUUCCUCAUGUAAAUGCUCCGAGGGGCAAACUGCCAGAUUCGACCUGAAGGUCGUAGGCAGACCGAUGCCCGACACAUACUGGUUCCACAAUGGGCAACAAGUGGUUAGCGACUACACUCACAAGAUAGUGGUCAAAGAGGACGGUGUCCAGUCCUUGAUCAUCGUCCCGGCCUUGCCACAAGACUCUGGAGAGUGGACAGUCGUCGCUCAGAACAGAGCUGGACGGACUUCAGUCUCUGUAACUCUUACUGUCGAUGCUAAAGAAACCUUAGUGCGCCCUCAGUUCAUUGAGAAGCUGAAGAACAUCAGUGUAAAACAGGGCACUCUGGUUGAACUGGCUGUCAAAGCCAUUGGAAACCCUCUGCCUGACAUCGUCUGGCUGAAAAACAGUGAUAUUAUCACCCCACACAAGCACCCACACAUCAGGGUUGAAGGAACAAGAGGAGAUGCCAAAUUCCAGAUUCCCUCAACAGCUGGCUCAGACAGCGCCUGGUACACAGCUACAGCCAUCAACAAGGCCGGCAGAGACACCACUCGCUGCAGAGUCAACAUUGAGGUGGACUAUGUUGAACCUGAACCAGAGAGGAAGCUCAUUAUUCCCAAAGGAACCUACAAAGCCAAGGAGAUCGCCCCUCCCGAGUUGGAGCCCCUUCAUCUGCGAUAUGGUCAAGAGCAGUGGGAGGAGGGCGACCUUUACGACAAAGAGAAGCAACAGAAACCACAGUUCAAGAAGAAGCUGACUUCCAUCAGAAUGAAGCGUUUUGGUCCGGCUCACUUUGAGUGCAGACUGACCCCUAUCGGUGACCCCAACAUGAUGGUGGAGUGGCUGCACGACGGCAAACCCCUGGAAGCUGCUAACAGGUUGCGCAUGGUCAAUGAAUUUGGCUACUGCAGUCUCGACUAUGAAGCCGCUUACGCCAGAGACAGCGGCGUCGUCACCUGCAGAGCCACGAACAAAUACGGAGUCGACCAAAACUCGGCCACCCUGGUCGUCAAGGACGAAAAGGGUCUUGUUGAGGAGACUCAGCUCCCUGAAGGCAGGAAAGGAGCACACCGAAUCCAAGAGAUUGAACGCAUGGCUCAUGAGGGAGGACCCUACGGAGUCACUGCUGAGGAAGAUACUGACAAAAUGAAACCUGAGAUCGUCCUCCUUCCUGAACCAGCCAGAGUGCUGGAGGGCGACACAGCACGAUUCCGCUGCAGAGUGACCGGUUAUCCAUUACCCAAGGUUAACUGGUAUCUCAACGGACAACUGAUCCGCAAGAGCAAGAGAUACAGACUUCGUUAUGAUGGUAUUUACUACUUGGAGAUCACUGAAAUCAAAUCCUAUGAUUCUGGAGAGGUCAAAUUAGUAGCUCACAACAACCUGGGCUCAGCCGAGCACAUCGUGAAGCUGGAGAUUCAACAGAAAGAGGAUUUCAGAACUCAUCUGCGCCGUGCCCCAGAGGGUAAGGCAGCCGAGGCCGCACCCGAACCUGGAAAAGUACAAUUCGAGGUAGUGAAGGCUGAGAAACCUGCAGACGACUCUCAGCUAAAAGAGGUGGUCAAGCUGAAGAAGGCUCACAGAAUCGUCCAUGAGAAAUCCACGGAGGAAUCAGAUGAGCUUAGGGGCAAGUUCAAGCGCAGGACAGAGGAAGGCUAUUACGAGUCCAUCACUGCCGUGGAGCUUAAGUCACGUAAGAAGGACGAGUCCUACGAGGAUCUCCUGAAGAAAACGAAGGAGGAUCUGCUUCACCGCGCCAUGGCGAAGGAGGAGGCUGAGAAGAAGAUGGAAGAGGAGCGCCGCAAGGUUACAGCUAAAGCUCUGAAACCAGAAAGGGUCAAGCUCUCAGCCAGCAUGGAAGCUCCCAAGAUCAUGGAGCGUAUCACCAGCCAGACAGUCGCACAGGGUGACGAAGUCAAGUUCAGAGUCAGAGUCGUCGGCAGACCAGAACCCGAGUGCCAGUGGUUCAAAAAUGGUGUUCUGCUUGAGAAGUCUGAUCGUAUUAACUGGUACUGGCCUGAGGAUCAUGUGUGUGAACUGGUGAUCAGAGACGUCAUAGCUGAGGAUUCUGCCAGUGUCAUGGUUAAAGCUUCCAGCACUGCCGGAGAGACUUCCAGCCAUGCUUUCCUGCUGGUGCAAGCCAAGACAGUCAUCUCCUUCACGCAGAAGCUGGAGGACGUCGACGCAAAUGAGAAGGACACCAUGGCGACCUUUGAGUGUGAAACCAAUGAGCCUUUUGUCAAGGUCAAAUGGCUGAAGAAUAACGUGGAGAUCUUCUCCGGAGACAAAUACAGAAUGCACUCUGACAGAAAGGUUCACUUCCUGUCUGUGCUGGUGAUUGACAUGAGGGACGACGCAGAAUUCAGCUGCAUGGUGGUGGACGACGACAUCAGCACAACCGCUAAGCUCAAAGUGGAAGGAGCUCCGCUGGAGAUCGUGAAGCAGCUCGAGAGCACAGAGGUUCCUGAGACGUACUCUGGAGAGUUUGAGUGCGUCGUGUCCCGCGAGGAUGCUGAAGGCAGCUGGUUCCUCGGAGAAAAGCUGCUUUCUCCCAGCAGCAAAUACGUCAUGUCCUCCCGCCGUGGAAGACAUUCCCUGUCAGUCAGAGACGUAAAGAAGGAGGACCAGGGGAAAUAUACCUUCAAAGUGGACAAUUUCAAGACAAGUGCAUCGCUGAAGAUGAAAUUGCGUCCCGUAACCCUGAUGCAGCCUCUGACUGAUAUGACCAUCUGCGAGGGCGACAUCGCUCAACUGGAGGUCAAGUUCUCCCAGGAGAAUGUCGAAGGAACCUGGAUGAAGAACGGACAGCCGGUCACGGCCUCGAGCCGCGUGCACAUUGUUAUCGACAAACAGAUCCACAAACUUCUGAUCGAAGACACCAACAAGGACGAUGUUGGAAUGUACUCCUUUGAGGUUCCCGCUCAGGCCAUGUCAACCUCUGCAAAGCUGCUCAUUCAGACCAUUGGCGUCUUGAUCCCACUGAAGGACACGAGCGCCGUUGAGGGCACCAAAUCGGUCAUGGAGUGCAAGAUCUCUGCUCAAGACGUCAGCUCAGUCAAAUGGUUCCACAACGACAAUCUGCUGACGCGCAGCGACCGAGUCCAGAUGGUGGCAAAGGGAGCCAAGCAGCGUCUGGUCUUCAACAGGACCUUCGCUUCAGAUGAAGGACAGUACAAACUAGUGGUCGGCCGAGCCGACACCAGCUGCAGAUUUUCUGUUCAGACUGUCCAGAUCGUGAAACCGAUUAACGACACGGAGUGCUCAGAGUCUGAGAACGUCAUGUUUGACGUUGAGGUUUCACACCCCGGCAUCGACGCCUUCUGGACCUUCAAGAGGCAGCCGAUCAAAGCCGGCACAAAAUACAAGACGGAGUCCAAGAACAAGCUCCACAGGCUGACCGUCAUGAACGCAAUGAAGGACGAGGAGGGCGAGUACAUGUUCGCCGCCGGUGAGAAGAUGUGCAGCGCUUCACUCACCGUAUCAGGUGGUGCCAUCAGGAAGCCCUUGCAUGAUCUGGUGGUGGCCGACUCCCAGACCUCGGUGUUGGAGUGUGAGGUGGCGAAUCCCUCCGCUGACGGCAAGUGGCUGAAAGAUGGCCAUCGUGUGGACUUCAACGAGAACACGAUGAGCGAGGUGAACGGCGCUGUCAGACGCCUCGUCAUCGUGAUCACCAAACCCACCGACGUCGGAGAGUACACCUACCAGGUGGCCACCUCCAGGACCUCAGCCACCCUGAGAGUGGAGGCUGUGAAGAUCAAGAAGACCCUGAAGAACCUGAACAUGGUCCAGACUCAGGAGGCUGUGUUCAGCCUGGAGCUGACCCACGAGGACGUGAAGGGAGCGCAGUGGAUCAAGAACGGCAUUGAGCUGCAGUCCAGCGAUAAAUACGAGAUCACAACCAAAGGCACGGUGCACGCCCUGAAAAUCAAGAACUGCAGCACACACGACGAGUCUGUUUACUCAUUCAAACUGGGAAAACUGUCAGCAAGCGCCAGGCUGAACGUUGAAACCCUCAAGAUCCUGAAGAAGCCAAAGGACGUGACAUCGCUGUUGGGUGCGACUGCCAUGUUUGAGGUGGGCAUCUCGGAGGAUGACAUCCCGGUGAUGUGGAUGUUCAACAAAGUGGAGCUGAGGACCAACGGGAACUACAGGAUGCUCUCUGAGAAGAAGACCCACAAGCUGAUCGUCCAGGAUGUGGACGACAGCAAAGCUGGAGAGUACACGGCGGUGGUGGGCCACCUCCAGUGCAGCGCUAGACUCAUCGUCGAGUCCCUGCGAGUCACCAAACCCCUAAAAAGCGUCAAAGUCCCAGAGACCCAGGUGGCCACGUUGGAGUGCGAGGUUUCUCACUUCAACGUGCCGUCCACCUGGCUGAGAGAUGGCGUGGAGAUCGAGAUGAGCGAGAAGUUCAGGAUCGUGGUUCAGGGAAAACUGCACCAGCUGAAGAUCAUGAACACCAGCAGGGACGACUCUGCAGAGUACACCUUCGUCUGUGGGAACGACCGAGUGUCUGCAACGGUCACCGUCAGCUCUAUCCUCAUCACAACGAUGCUGCAGAACCUGAAAGCUCAGGAGAAAGACACAGUCACAUUCGAGGUGAACGUUAACUACGAGGGCAUCACGUACAAAUGGCUGAAGAACAGCGUGGAGAUCCGGUCCACGGACAGAUGCCAGGCUCGCUGCAAACAGCUCAGUCACACUCUGAGCAUCAGGAACGUUCACUUUGGGGACAGCGCCGAGUACACCUUCAUGUCCGGGUCUGCAGUCACUACAGCUAAACUCUAUGUUGAGGCCCGCGUGGUUGAAUUUACCAAAGACCUGAAGGGCCUGAAGAUCACCGAGAAGAAGAGAGCGACUUUUGAAUGUGAGGUUUCUGAACCGAACAUCCAGGUGAUCUGGAUGAAGGACGGUCAGGAGCUGGAGAUGUCCGACAGAUAUAAAAUGACCUCAGAUAAGUUCGUGCAUCGCUUGAUUCUGCCGUUGGUUCGCCUGUCCGAUGCCGGUGAAUACACCGCUGUGGCUGGGUCGAGCAUGUCCAAGGGCAACCUGGUAGUGGAAGGACGAGACAUCAAGAUCUCAGAGCCCCCUAACCGGCAUAUCACCGUCGUUGAGAAACAAAGAGCGACCUUCGAGUUCAAUGUGAACGAGGACGACGUGGACGGUCGCUGGCUGAGGAACGGGGUGGAGAUCCAGUUCUCGGUGGAGGAGAGGUUCAACUACGCCACCAUCAGGAAGCUGCACCGCCUCACCAUCUCUGAGACCUACCGGAGCGACGCCGGAGAGUACACCUUCUUCGCCGGCAAGAACCGGAGCACCAUGAACCUCCUCGUCAGACUACCGGAGCCUCCUCAGAUCGUCCGGCAGAUUCAGGCCCAGACGGCAACGUCGGGUCGGUCGGUCCGUUUCUCGGUGCAGGUGAGCGGCCUCCCGAAGCCCCAGGUGUCCUGGUACAAAGACUCUCAGGCUCUGUCCACCAGCUACAAGUGCAAGUUCCUCCACGAUGAAGACGAGCACACGCUGCUGCUGCUGGAAGUCUUCCCCGAGGACGCCGCCGUCUACAACUGUGAGGCCAAGAAUGACUACGGAGAGGCCACAAGCUCCGCCCCUCUCACUGUGGAAGUUCCCGAGGUGGUUGAAACCGUGGCUCGGGUGUCGGCUCCGGUCCUCAUCGCUCCCAUGCGGGACAUCCUGGUCUCAGAGGGACACCCGGCCCAGUUCCAGUGCACCGUCUCUGGGGAAGAUCUGCAGAUUUCUUGGUUCUGUGGCGACAGAGAGGUCCGACAGGCGGACGUCUUCAGGAUGUCUCACUACGGUGAAACCUGCCAGCUGGACAUUUCCAGAGUUCUCCUGCACCAUAAGGGAGACUACUCGUGUGCUGUCAGUAAUGCGGCAGGAAUGGUCACAUGUGCUGCGACUUUGAAUAUCGACGAUGACAAAUCCAUAGCUAGUGUGUGGAGCACUGGGGCUGAGGCUAAAGUAAGUCAGCUGAAGGCUCACUCAGAGACCUUCGGCUCUCUGUCCGUGGGACAAACGGAGUUUUCUGAGAGUUCCUCCAUGUCUUGGAGGACGGUUGAGGUUCAGAUGGAGAGCGUGAGCUCCGUGGAGACGACCUCCCAGAGCAGCUUUGAUAUCAAACUCUCAGCCAGCCCCAAACUGCUGAUGGAAAUGAGCGACGUCCGGGUGAAAAGCGGCGAGAAGGCGGAGUUCAGCUGCUCGUUCGACGGACGGCCCUUCACCAGGGUGGAAUGGGAUCAUAACGGCCAUAGUCUGGCGGACACGGAGCGGUUGAGGAGCUCCGAGACCGAGGGCCUGUUGUCCCUGGUCAUCUGGGGUGUUGGCGUGGCGGACCAGGGUUUGUACUGCUGCACCGCCACCAACCAGCACGGACAGAACAGCUCCUCCGCCCAGCUCACUGUUGAAGCCAAAGAAGUGAAUCUCAAAGCAGAAACCCCAAUCCCUACUGAUUCUGUGCGUAAAGUGUCUCAGACAGACACGGGGACCGCUAGAGGUCCUCCGGACCGAGACCAGCAGGAGACGGCGGAGAAGCCGGGACCGUCUCCUCCAUCUUCCCAGAGACCCCACAGUCUCAUCAGCCACCUGUACUUCCCUGAUGUCCCGCCUCAUGACAAGCGAGGCCUCUCCAGCUGCCCCGAGUUCCUGAUCAAACUCCCCCCCGAGCUGCUGGUCCGAACCAGAGACAGCAGCUCCUUGUGUUGCGUACUGAAGGGGGUCCCCACGCCAUUCGUCAUUUGGCUUAACAAUCGGUUGAAUGUUGAGGAUUCUGUGUCUUACUCUCUGAAACACGACGGCCCCCUGUGCUGCGUAAAUGUUAACAAUGUGGGACCCGGACAAGGGGGCUCUUACUCUUGCAAAAAUGUCAACUCAGCCGGGGAUGCUGAGUGCAGCGCGGUGACGACAGUGACGACAGCGGACCAGGACCGUGUGAUUCAGGUCCAGCAGGCCGUCAAAGCCUUUUCUAGCUCAACCAUCACAGUGGAAGAGGAAACCCAGGACUCGUACUACACCGGUCUACAGUUAUUAGAUAAAACCAGAACACUUGAACUUAAGCCAGAGUCCAAACGCUUCUCCAGCACUUUGGUGAAGAAAAAAGAAAAACCAGUUUUCCUCAGCAAACUCUCUCCAGCAGCUGUGACUGUCGGAGAAACUGCGACGUUUACCGUCACAGUUUCCGGGUUCCCUAAACCCACCGUUCAGUGGUUCCACAACGGGCAGACGAUAGCCAGUUCUUCUGUUUACACAUUUGUUCACGAGCGAGAUGAGUACACUUUAGUCAUUCACAAAGUUCAGAGGGAGUCUGAAGGAGAGUACUCCUGCACUGUCAGCAAUAGAUUUGGCCAUUCAACCUGCACCUCAUAUUUGCAUGUUGAGGUGAAGGAGCCAGAAAAGGAGGAACAAGUUGACAGGAGGACAUUUGUCUCAACUGGCAAACCCCCAGAAUUCACUAAAACUAUUGAGUGUCUUCAGUUAUGUGAGGGAGGUCAGGCUUUCUUCAGGUACGCGGUGACCGGAGAUCCUCUUCCUGAGGUUCAGUGGCUCAAAGGCAGCUUACACAUUCAGCCCAGUGGGUUCUGGAUCAUUGUGAACAACCCAGAUGGAUCAGGCUUUAUUAAUAUUCAGAGUGUUAAACAAGAGCACAGUGGUGUGUACACGUGUAAGGCCUCCAACCAACACGGGGAAGCCUCCUGUAGCGCCGAACUGCUGGUGGUCAGUGAGAAAGUCCAGGAAGAGCAGACGUUAGUUAAGAAAACAAAAGGUUUGAAAAUAUCCAUGACCGAACAAAACACCGAAUCCAGAUUAUACCAGAAAAGAACUCUGUCUGAUCAGAUGAUUUACACCAUCAGCACUCAGGACCGGCAGAUUAUCCCCAGCGAGGAGGUGGGAGCCCUCCGAGAGCUCGACAUCUCGGCAGCCACCCUCCAUCGAGAGCAGCUCACCCACCAGGCUGCGGUGCUGCAGGCUCAUGAGAUACAGGAGAGGGUUUCUUUGGCUCCCACUCAUCCACCUCAGGUCUCAGCCGUUCCAAUGAAACAGCUUCAUAUGGCCACUUUCUUAUCUUCGGUCCAGGAGAGACAAAAGAUCACUGAGCAGCACUCCGUACGCAUUCUCAGUCCUGAGAUUGUAGAACUCCAGUUCGUCAAAGAGCAGCCGCCUAAACUCGUGUCAGCCACGUCUGAAGAGGUCGUUCCACUCGGCAUGGUGAGGGCCGAGGCCAUGACGGACUGGGCCCCGGAGCACGGGAACACCUUGAAUGAACCCAGGCAGCUUGUUAGUGGUCACCAAGUAGAGUCCAGUCUGCUUAUCCUUGAUGCAACUUCAGGUGUUGCCCACAGGCCCGAGGAAGAGAGGAGUUUUAGGGUCAAAGAGGGGGUUAAGAUUUUAUACUCGGCUCAGUCUGCAGGACAACUGCCGAUCACAGAAAGACACUCUGAGCCUCUGCCACCUUUAGAUGCAGCCACUCAGCCCCUGAUUGAGAAAGAGCAAUCCAAACCAGUAGUAGCACCAGUUAGUGAAAAUAGAAUGGCUUUAUCCAAAGAGCAGACGUUUGAAAUACACCGACCAGAGCAGGAGAGUAUCUCCCCACAAAAAGACAUCUUUUAUAAGUCAGCUAUAACCACUGAGGAGAAAUACGAACUCCAAGGUGAACAGACAGGACAGCUGCCGAGUGUAGCAUCUUCUGUGUGUGUGCAGCCUCAGCAAGAAGGGGAAAGACUCCUGAAUCUGCAGGUUAUCAGUGAUCAGGAUGUUUUACAGUCGGAGGGAAGGUUCAGCAGUGAGAACGCUUCCACAGAGCAGGCCGAGGCCAGGAAGAGUCCCACUUUGUUGCAUUCGGUGACUCAAGAAGAGCAAAGAACUACGGUUUGCGAGGCAACCUCAGAGUUCUCAGUAAAGACCGAAGCCACGUCGGUUCAGUCGAAGAAAGAGUUAGCGCCGACAAAAUACCUUCAGUCAGUUCAUUCGGUAUCAGUUCUACCAAAGGAAGGGAUACUUACCAUCACUAAACCUGACCAACAGAUGGCAAAGCAGAAACAGGAAAAGGCUAGAAAGCAUGCAGCUACCUCAGAAGAGAGAAGGGAGAUCACAGCAGAUUAUCACAGAGAACUCGAUGUGUCGGUGACCGGGGUUCAGUCGCAGCUUCGCACUGAGCCAAAGCCUUCCAGUAUCCUCACCGUCUCUUUCCAGACGAUGCAGUUGCAGAAGGAGAUGCCUUUUGUUGGCGACGUCAGGCAGCAGCAAGCGCUGGUCCAGAAAGAGGACUACUGGAACAUCAUGCAUUCUUUGAAUGUUACGGACACUCACAGCCUCGAGGAGGGUCACACCAGUAACCUAAAAACCGAUGAGAAAUUCAAGUCUGAGACAAAAGUUGAGCCUAAAAUACCCAAAAGAACCGUUUUUAUAGAGGAGAAGGCAGUUGCCAAUGAGAGCUGUACUAUCUUAGAAACCGCUGAGCAGGACUUUGCAGUCCAGAUCCAGGAAGGCCAGACAGUCCGGCAGUCGGUGCUGCUUGAAGAAAAGCAGAUCAUUAUGGGAGAGCAGUCGAGUGAGAUACACAAAUGUGAGGGCUCGACUGUCGGCAUCGUGACGCAGCCUAAAGAAGUUCUGUUUGUUCACGAGUCUCAGGACACUCUGACUCUUCCUAAAGAACUCAACUUUGUGAUUCAGAUUCCCAAAUCGUCCAGUGUGAACAUCCGGCGUCAGCUCAGAGCCGCUCUUCAGUCCGCUGUGGCCAGUGAUCAACCAGUGUUACUGGCCGAUGUCAUAGGAGGGUUACAGGCAGUGGAGGUUCAGGAGGUGAAGGUUCAAAGAGAGCCCAGACGGGCCACGUCCACAUACCUGAUCACAACCCCAGGAGCCCCCAUGGAGAUCACUCUGUCUUUUGAAGGUGAAUACCCUCAGACAGCUGACCUCAGGUCUGAACUCCAGGUAGCUCUGCAUGCAAUGGUUUUCCAGGAGCAGCAGAGUCUUACGUUGGAGCAAGUAGGCACCAUGCAGAUGGACAAGCCUCAGAGAGCACUGCUCAGCUCGGCCCCCUCCAAAGAGGUGCUGUCGUCUGUGGUGGACACCAAGAUGGUGGCCGAGAGUGCAGUUGGGUUUCCUCCUGCUGAAUCUCAGUCUGCAGCCGUCAAAACCGAAGCCAGGACUUCCUUCCAAAGCGCAUCAGUUCAGAGCCGGUCUGACAUCCAUGAGUCUCGGCAGGUGAGCAUGAAGACAGUCCGGUCCGAGAGGAAUGCCAGCACUGCUGAAGUGACCACCACAGUUCCUGUGGGUCACGUUCCCGUUGAGCAAUCUGUGGGCAUUGUUGUCCACAGAGAAACCAGAGAGGAGUAUCUCUCGGAGGCGAUCAUGAUCAGCGAGUCCUCCGACAGUCUGAUAGAUUAUCCUGCUGUCGUUGAUUCUCUGGAAGACGUUUGCAUUGAGGAAAAGAGCGAGGCCGUUUUUACUGCCACCAUUAAGUACGUCACCAAAGCUAACUGGUUUUUCAACGGCCAGUUGGUGAAAUCUGGCAAAGAGUUCAAGUGUUCUAAAGACCACGACACACACACACUAGUUAUCGACAAAGUUGUGAAAGAGAAGCAUCAAGGAGAAUAUGUCUGCGAGGCUGAGAAUGAAGCCGGCAAGACGACGACAUCUGCACGACUCACUGUGGUCUCAAGAGUGAAACCUGUGUUCAGGCACAGAAUUUUUCCCCUGGAGAUCAACAUUGGCAAGACGGCCAAAUUUGAAUGUGAAACUGAGGACGCUCCUAAUGUGAGCUUCAAGUGGUUCAAAGAUGGAACCCAAAUCAAAGAGGGCGAUAAAUACAGGAUGAUCAGUCGCUUCAGUGCUUCCUCUCUGGAGCUCCUGAGCCCAAACAAGGAGGACAGGGGCGAAUACACCUGCAAGGCGUCCAAUCAGCACGGCAGUGACGAAUGCUCCGCCUCUCUCAGCGUAACGGAGCAAUGCCCUCCUGCCUUUAUCACUAAACCUGACCCUCAGACUAUGUAUGCUGGAAAGAGGGCAAUAAUACAGUGUGUGAUAUCAGGAUCUGCUCCACUGAAUGUUGUCUGGCUCAAAGACAACCAGGCCUUACCCAGAGAGCCUGCACACUACCAAACCUCUUGUGACAAGAAUAAGCACAUUCUUGAGAUUACCAAAGUCCAUCCGGCUGACGGGGGGCUUUAUGUGUGCAAAGUGUCUAAUAAUAUUGGCACAACGGAGUGCAGCACGGAGCUGCGGGUCAUUGAUAAGCCCAACUUCGUGAAGCCCCUGGGUCCGGUGGCGGCCGUGGUCGGAGCUCCUCUGCAGCUGCAGUGUCUGGUGGAUGAGGACACUGGAGUAACUGUCUCCUGGACCAGAGAUGGUAGAAAGGUCCACCAGUCUCCAGACUGUAAACUGUCCUUUGAGGAUAAGACAGUUGCUCUUGAUAUCCUAAAGACCACACUGAAAGACUGUGGAAACUAUGUGUGUACGGUGACUAAUGCCGCUGGGAGUGCAACUUGCUCCACCUCGGUGAAGGUUCAAGAGCCGCCGGUCUUUGUGAAGAGGCUGGAAGCCUCCACAGUCUGGAAGCAGGGCAGCACUGCAUGGCUGCAAUGCACCGUCAAAGGAUCCCCUGAACUCCACACCAGCUGGUUCUUUAACAACAGCGAGGUGUCUGCUGGUGGCAGAUAUGACAUCAGUCUGAAGGACGGAGUCACAACUCUUGAGAUAAAGGAUGUCAUGUUGAGUGACAGUGGAAACUUUACCUGUGAGGUGCUUAAUGAGUCUGGGUGUGAAAGCUGCAGCACUAAAGCAACAGUGAAAGAACCGCCGUCUUUCAGGAAGGAGUUAAUCUCCUUAGAGGCGGUCAGAGGAUCGGUAGCCGUUUUGGAGUGUGAGAUUUCAGGCUCUGUGCCGUUCGAGGUGACCUGGAAAAAGAAUAAGAAACAUCUGUCAGCAGAUAAGAAGUACAGGAUCGUGUCUCUGGGAUAUCUGAGCUCUCUGGAGAUCCACUCAUUUGAGAGCGCUGACGCUGGUGAAUACGAAUGUGUCGUAUCCAAUGAGGUUGGGUCAGUAACCUCAAAGUCAUUGGCUAAACAGAGAGAGCCGCCUAUGUUCUCAAAGAGGGUUGAGAGUGCGACAGCAGUGUUGGGAAACACAGUGAAACUACAGGGAACCAUUAAGGGCUCGGCUCCCAUCUCUGUUAAAUGGACGAAAGACUCUGAGCUGCUCAGAGAUGACGAUCCAAACGUCAAAAUGACAUUCGUGAACAACAUUGCUGUCAUUUCCUUCUCAUCCGUUGAGAUAAAGCACGGCGGCAAGUACACUUGCCUCGCCAACAACGAGGCGGGACAGCAGAAAUGUGAAGCUGUGUUAACAGUUCAAGAACCGGCUAAGAUCUUAGAGAAAGCAGAGUCCAUCAGUGUGACUGCAGGAUAUUCUGCCACGUUGGAGUGCACGAUCUCUGGAAGCCCAGACCUCAAAGUGAAGUGGUUUAAAGACGGCAAAGAGAUGAUCAGUGGCCGUAAAUAUAAGAUGACUGUGAAGGAGAACACUGCCAUCCUAAAGAUCCUCUCAGCAGAUAAAGGAGACACUUCAGAGUACAACAUGGAGGUGUCCAAUAAAGUUGGGAAAGACCAGUGCACGUGCUCGGUCACCGUUAUAGAUCGUGCAGUUCCACCGUCCUUCACCAGAACUCUAAAAAAAGAGGAUGGGAGGGUUGGUAGUAAUGUAACCUUGGAAUGCAGAGUUGCUGGAUCUCAGCCGAUGGUCGUUUCUUGGUACAAAGACCAGAAACAAAUCCACAGCAAUGGCAAAUAUAAGCUUGAUUUCAGUGAGAUUACAGCCUCCCUCACCAUAAGUGGCCUGGAGCAAAGCGAUGGUGGAGUUUAUACCUGCCGGGCCUCUAACGAUGCCGGAGAAAAAGACACGAGUGGUUCUUUGUCCGUCAAAGAACCUCCGGUCUUCACGGUGAAACCUCAAUCCCAGGAUGCCUCACCGGGAUCAAAUGUGGUCAUAAAAUCCGCCUUUACAGGAUCAGCUCCUCUGGUUGUGAAAUGGUUCAGAGAGGAGAGCGAGAUUUUCACUCGAGGAAAGUGUUUCAUAAAGAAAGACGCCUCUUCAAGCUCUUUGGAGCUUAACUCUGUGAAACCCAGUGACUCCUCUAAAUACACAUGCCAAGUGUCCAACGAUGCUGGGAAGGUGGAUUGCACCGCAGUCCUCUUUGUGAAAGAAGCCCCAACAUUUACAAUGAAGCUUGAGCCUUCACAGCUGCUGAAAACUGGACAACCUCUCAAGUUGUCCUGCAAAGUGCAGGGAACCCCUGUUAUUAGCAUCAAGUGGUUCAUAAACGGCUCAGAAAUCUCUUCAGACCUCAAACACUCGAUGUCCUUUGACGGCUCGAUAGCGACUCUGGAGGUAGAGAAGUGCUCUGUGGAGGAUAGUGGAGAUUAUGUCUGCAUGGCGUCCAGCGAGGCCGGCAGAGACCAGAGCAGCUGCUCAGUAAUGGUGAAAGAGCCUCCAGUGUUUGUGAGGUCUUUCGAAUCAGCUGAGCUUGUAAAAGGAGCCGACAUUAUCUUGGAAGGAACCGUUUCCGGUUCCCCUCCUUAUGAAAUCACUUACUUCCUCAACGCUAAACCGAUCAGAAGCAGCAAAAAGCACAAGAUCAGUGUUGAAAACGACACCGUCACUCUUCACGUCUCAAACUGUGAGAGUGGAGACGCUGGGACGUACCAAUGCACUGUUGCAAACGAUGUUGGGGAGACAUCUUGUAAUUGCCAGAUUUCAUUGAAAGAACCUCCAUCAUUUGUCCAGAGACACGAGGAUGUGUCCUGCAUGGUGGGAUCUGAGGUCUCUAUGAAGUGUCUGUUGUCUGGAUCACUUCCCAUGACUCUCUCCUGGAUCAAGGACGGUCAUGAGCUCACAGAAGACGAGCACGUUAAGAUGUCCUAUGAAACCAAAAGUGCCGUGUUGAAUUUGAAAAAUGCUCAGUUAACACACGGCGGGAAAUAUGUGUGUCAGGCCCAGAACAAAGCCGGGACCCAGAGAUGUGCCGCUGUGCUCGUAGUGACAGAGCCAGCAAAUAUUUCAGAACAUGCAAAGUCCAUCAGUGUAACAGAGGGCGACCCGGCCCGGCUUGAAUGCAGAUUCUCAGGCACCAAACCGCUCAAGUCCAGAUGGAUGAAGGCGGGAAAGGAGCUGACGUCGGGCCGGAGAUACAAAGUACAGAGCGCCGACAGAAGCUCUGUACUCCAGAUUAUUAAAGUAGAGCAAAGCGACAGCGGUGAAUACACCUUUGAAGUCUCAAACAAUGCUGGGUGCAGUUCUUGUGAGGCAGCCAUUUCUGUCUUAGAUCAGAUUAUCAAACCGUCUUUUACGAGAAAGCUGAAGCAGACGGAAGGUAUCAAAGGAUCAUUUGCUCAUCUGGAGUGUCUGGUAUCCGGCUCCUUGCCGAUAACCAUACAAUGGUACAAAGAUGAGAAAGAGAUCCAGACUGAUGAGAAACACAAAUGCACUUUCUUUGAGAAUGUUGCUUUCCUGGAAAUCUCUAAUCUUGACAGUAAAGACAGCGGCAGCUAUACCUGCAUCGCUAAAAACAAAGCAGGAACCGUCCAGUGCUCUGGGAACGUGUUUGUCAAAGAACCACCAUGCAUUCUUGAAAAGCCUGAUUCCAUGAAUGUCUUGCCUGGCUCCAAAGUCCAGUUGAACGUACUAGUCUCUGGCACGCCGCCACUGACCACCAAAUGGUUUAAAAACAAGAAAGAGAUUUUAUCCAGUGCCGACUGCUCUGUGGUCAAAGACAACACCUCGAGCUCUCUGGAGCUCUUCUUUGCUAAAACCUCUGAUUCUGGAGACUAUGUCUGUGAAAUCCAGAACGAUGUGGGCUCCACUUCAUGCCAGGCAACGCUCUUUGUCAAAGAACCUCCUUUCUUCAUGGAGAAACCUGAAGGUGUUUCAGUAGUAAAGGUCGGAGACAGCAAGGUGUUUGAGUGCAAGGUUGCUGGUUCUCCAGAGAUCUCUGUGCGUUGGUUCAGAGACGGAGCUGAGAUUCACCAAAGUGACAAACACAUGAUGUCGUUCAUGAACUCUGUGGCCAACUUAGAGGUUUGUCAAGUCGGUGGAAAUGACAGCGGGAAAUACUUCUGCGAAGUCUGCAACGAAGCAGGAACAGAGAGUUGUACUGUUGAGCUAGAAGUGAAAGAGCCUCCUUUGUUCGCUGAAGAGCUGACGGCUCUCCAAGUCGUUGAAGGUUCCACCGCAUCAUUCUCUUCCAAAGUGGCAGGAAGUGCUCCGUUCAAGGUCACAUGGUUCAAAGAUAAAAAGCCAAUCAAAUCCAGCAAAAAGCAUCUUGUUGAAAGUGAACAUGUGAGCUUGAAAAUCCAGGACUGUAAAGUGGGAGAUGUUGGUACUUAUGAGUGCGUGGUAGCCAACGAGGUGGGAAGUUGUACUGGCUUUGCAUCUUUGUCUCUGAAAGUUCCUCCAACGUUUGUUCAGAAGAUAGAAAAUGUCUCAUCUGUUCUGGGAGCUGUUGCGGUCUUUCGCUGCUCCGUAGAAGGGUCUCUGCCUCUUUCUGUACAGUGGCAAAAAGACGAGAACUGGAUCACUGAAGAUCCAAAAGUUGAGAGAACGUUUGAGAACAAAGAGGCAACUCUCAGGAUUCCUUCCUGUGAGGCGACGCACAGGGGGAAAUACACCUGCCAGGUGGUAAAUGAGGCCGGGCAGGACAAAUGCACUGCCACCCUCGUAGUGCAAGAACCACCUAGGAUCCAAGAGAUGAUGGAAGUAGUCAAAAUGACCCGUGGAGACCCGGUUAGUCUCGAGUGCAGGCUAACUGGAUCUUCUCAGAUCAGGGUGAGAUGGACUAAAGAUGGCAAAGAGCUCCAGUCGAGCAGAAAACAUCAUCUCUGCUACGAGAACAACCUCAGCAGUCUGAACAUAAAGUCCUCUCAGACCGAGGACAGCGGAGAGUACCUGUUUGAAGCCACAAACUCUGUGGGGACUUGCAGCUGUAAAGUCACGCUGGUUGUUUUAGAAGAAGUAAUUCCUCCGACGUUCAGUCGGAAGUUAACAAACAUUCAAGCGAUUAUGGGUUCAGUGGUGACCAUGGAGUGCAAAGUGUCCGGUUCUCUUCCAAUAUCAGUUGAAUGGAGCAAAGGGAAAGAAAAGAUCACCAAGAGCUCCAAAUAUGAACUUGUGCACAUUGAGAACUCCGUCUCUCUGGAGUUCAAACUGACUGAGGGUUGUGAUACCGGAGAAUACUCCUGUAAGGUCUCCAACGCAGCAGGCAGCUGUGUGUGCAGUGGAGUUCUCACAGCUAAAGUGCCACCGAGAUUCGUAUCGGAGCCCGAGUCUCAGGCUGCUGUUCAGAAGUCUGCUGUGCUCUUCAGAAGUGUCUUUGAAGGAACGUCCCCAUUUGUGGUGAAGUGGUUCAAGGAUGACGUGGAACUCAUCACGGGGCCGUCAUGUACGAUCCAACUGAAGGAAUAUUCUUCCUCUGUAGAGCUCCACUCAGUCGGGACUCGGCAAUGUGGAAUUUAUUCGUGCCAAGUUUGCAACGAAGCCGGCGAAGUGAAAAGUGCAGCAGAGUUGUUGGUGAAAGAACCACCUCAGUUUAUCCAGAGACUUCCUCCCACUACCUUUGUGAAGAUCUGUGAGGGACACCGCUUUGAAUGCAAAGCCACCGCCGCACACUCCCUCAAUAUGUGCUGGUACAAAAAUGACCAAAAGAUAAGCGACGGAGACAACUACAAAACAAUGUUUGUUGACUCAACUGCGUACCUCCAGCUGAACUCCUCAAGGUUUGAGGAUAAUGGCGUCUACACCUGUGAGGCUCAUAACGAUGGUGGCAGUGCGAUCUGCAGCACCGUUCUCACAGUUCAAGAGUCCCCGUCCUUUAUUAAAACUCCAAGUCCAGUAGAGGGCAUUAAAGGGAAAGAUGCCAGCCUACACUGUGAGGUGUCCGGCACUCAGCCUUUCCAGAUUAACUGGUACAAAGACAAUCGGCCGCUGAAGGAGAGCAGGAAGUAUAAGAUGGUCAGUGAUGGUAGCUCUGUCACACUUCACAUUAUGAAACUGGAGCAAGACGACGCAGGUCUUUAUGAGUGCAGAGUGUCAAACAACGUGGGAAGUGGAACCUGUCGCUCUACUGUUAGCCUAAAAGAACAACCAGCGUUUGUCAAGAAACUGUCCGACGCGUCGGUGACCUUCGGUCAACAGCUGACGCUGACGGCUACGGUGAAAGGCUCCGAGCCUCUGACUGUGUCCUGGGUUCAGGACAAGGAUCACAUCCUCAGAGAUGGUGACAACAGGAAGAUCACCUUUGAGAAUAACAUGGUCACCCUCAUGGUGCCCGGAGCCGACUCCACCACAGCUGGUAGAUACACCUGCCAGCUGAGGAACGACUCUGGAGUCGUGGAGUCUGUCUCCCAAGUCACCGUUCUAGAACCCGCUGCUAUUGUGGAUAGCCCCGAGUCCUUGAACGUGAAGUCAGGAGAAAACACAGCUCUUGACAUCACGGUGUCUGGUUCACGAGAACUGAAGAUGAAGUGGUUCAAGGAUAACAAAGCACUGUCUACUGGUGCCAAGUACCAGAUGUCCUUCACAAAGAAGGUUGCCUCCCUGAAAAUCCGCUCUGCUGAUAAAGCAGACGCUGGAGAAUACAAGCUCGUGGUUACAAACCAUGUCGGCACAGCCACUUGCAAAACUACGCUCUCUGUCUCAGACAAGUUGAUUCCUCCGAGUUUCAUAAGGAAGCUGAGAGACACCCACCUGGUUGUUGGUAAGCCUGGUGAGAUGGAGUGUAAGGUCACCGGCUCUGCUCCUUUAACAACCUCCUGGUUCCACAACGGCCAGGAGAUCCAGAGUGGACCAAACUGUGACAUUAGCUGCACUGAUAAUAACUGCAAACUGAGAGUUCCAACAAUCAGGAUGUCAGAUUCUGGCAAAUACACAUGUAAAGCUGCAAACGCUGCAGGAGCCAGUGAGACGAGCGCUCCAAUGAACGUGACAGAACCUCCAUCUUUCGUGGAAACACCUGAAGCAAAGGAAACUUUGCCCGGCAAAAGCGUGUCUUUCUCGGCUAAAGUGAAGGGCAGUGCCCCCCUGAAAGUAAAAUGGUUCAGGGGAGCCAAGGAAAUGCAGCACGGAAGAGGCUGCGAGAUCGCCCUGAAAGACGACGUCACCACUUUGGUGCUUCACAAAGUGGAAAAGUCCCACGCAGGAGAGUACACCUGCCAGAUUAUUAACGGUGCGGGGAAGGAGAGCUGCCCCGUUAACCUGUUUGUCAAAGAACCAGUCCACUUUGUGAAGAAGCUGAGGGACGUUUCCUCUGAGAAGGGGAAGUCUCUCAGGCUUGAGGUCACGUUUGCUGGAACCCCCCAGGUCAAUGUAACCUGGAAGAAGGACGGUAACUUCAUCUGGGCCUCAUACCAGUACAACGUGAUCAUCACAGACGCCUCCUGCAUCCUGGAGGUUCUUAACUCUGACAGGAUGGAGGCAGCCGGUAGAUACUCUUGUGAAGUGAACAACGGAGUCGGAAGUGACAGAUGCGAAGCACAAGUGUCAAUUCUAGAGCGACCUUCCUUUGUUGAGAAGAUGGAGCCAGUGGAGGUCAGUGUGGGCGACGCGGUUACUCUGAAAUGCCGUAUUUCAGGGACUCCCGACAUCUCCGUAGCUUGGUUUAAAUCUGACGGAAAGCUGCGCAAGUCCAACACUUGCUCAAUGGACUUCAGUAACGGUGUCGCCACUUUGAAACUGACCAAAACAACUAAGUCCGAUUACGGAGAAUACAUCUGCAAGGCAGAGAACCGGGGCGGUUCAGCCUCUGCCAGCUGUGACGUGGCGCUGAAAGAGCACAAAGUGCCUCCAAACUUUACCAAGAAGCCGUCCGAGUCCAUGAUGGACUCUGUGGGUAAGACGGUGAAGAUGGAGGGUCGGGUGUCCGGCUCCCAGCCGCUGGAGGUCACCUGGUACAAAGAAGACCAGGAAAUCUUCAGCACCAACAAGUUCGACGUGAGCUUCAAGAACAACUUGGCGGUGCUGAGCGUCAGAGCCUCCAGCAGCUCUGACGGAGGGGUUUACACCUGCAAGGCAACCAACGAAGCUGGAGAAGCUUCCUGUCAGGUUUCUCUCUCCAUCGCAGAAACCGCCCAGGCUCCAAAGUUCGACAUCACUCUGGAGCCGGUGACGGCGAGCGAGGACGAGAAGAUGAGCCUGAAAUGCGUCGUCAGCGGCUCUCCUCCUCUGACCAUCCAGUGGAUGAAGGACAGGAGGGAGCUGAAGUCCGGCGGGAACACCACUAUCACAUUUGUCGGCGGGUCGGCGUGCCUGGAGCUCAGCCCGGUGUCCAAGAGCGACGGAGGGGAUUACCUCUGCAAGGCCAGCAACGCCGCCGGCAGCAACUUCUGCAAGUCCAGGGUCACGGUGAAAGGUAAAGAAGCCAAAGUCUCCCCCAGUGAGGCUGCCGCCCCGGCUGCUGCCGCUGCCGCCCCCCCGGCCGCUGCCGCCCCCCCGGCCACCGCUGCCGCCCCCCGGGCCGCCACCUCCCCGGCCGCUGCUCCC